AUGUUGGAGAGGAUCCAUGUCAGCGACAUGUCGCGGAAUUCAGCAGGCGGCGGUGGCGCUCCUGGGCGUCGAUGGGCCACACUGGAAGAUUGGGAGUUGCACAAGGAAAGAAUCACGGCUUUGUAUUGGGAUCAGGGCAAGACUUUAAGAGAGGUCUCUGAGAUCAUGGAAAAAGAGCAUCAUCUUCACGCCACGUAG